AGAUAUCCAAUGUCUCGCCAUCACAUGAAGAUCAUACUCCGGAGGUCUCACUUUAACUGAAGAAACAGCUACAUCAGAGUGUCCUAUCAGUGGAUAUUAAAUACAUCAUCCUUCAUCUUCUUUGCUUUGUUUUUUGUUUAAGAGGAACUUUGAUUAAAAAAAAAAAAAAACUUUUUGGAAGUGCUUUGGACCACAUUACAGCUGUAUGCAGACUACAGGAGCAAGGGAGCGAUGUCAUCUCUACUUUCUCACAACAAAGAUCAGCCGCGCAUCGGAAAGUCGCAGUCUGACUCUUCCCCAGCUUCAUCCACUGCCACCACCAAGAGCCUGAGGCAUGAGAGACUGUCUAGAUUGAGCUCGUCUGGAUCCUCUGACGUCUCCAACGACACAUCAACAAACCAUGCAGAGUCCUACUUCUUACGGAGGGAGAACAGACUCUCUGCAAGGAAAAAGGCAGCAGAGGAGACUGCAAACAAUGACUAUAAAAAGAUGUACGAAAAGGCACUGGCCACCAAUCAAAGGCUCAAGUCCAGGUUGGAAACAAGUAAGCAGGAACUCGCCAUGAUUCAGGACCAGCUGCAGAGAGCACAGAAGGGAAGACCAGGAGAUUGUGGCUCCAACAUGCUUGAGACAGAAAAAAAGGAAAGUUGGAGUCUAAAAAAGAGGAUAUCAGAUAUGGAAGAACAGUUGAAGGUUAAAGGAGAACUGAAGAUGGAGAACCAGAGACUGAAGGAUGAGAAUGGAGCUUUAAUCCGGGUCAUCACUAAACUGUCCAAGUGAAAAAGGAAGAGGGAUGGAUACCAGAAGCUGGAUCCAUACCUGCAUCCUUCCUACAUUUAUCCUGUUCUCAGAAAGACACAUGUCACAUCGGCUGUGAAAGAUUCCUGUUACUGUACUGGAUCUACAGUAGUAACACAUUCCCAGACAGAAAAUACACUAAAUUAAAAUUCAUAUUAUAUAUUCAUUUAGAUAUUUCUUCAUUAAGUGUGUUUUUCUUCACUGUGCUUCAAUGAACAGAAGGUGGAA